GACCUCAGAGUGAUGAAGUUGGUUUCCAUGGCGACAAAAUAACAGCAAAGUGAAAACAGGCAGAGCAAAAGUAACUGAGCUAAUAUAAAACAGUUUAUAUUGUUAUUUAAACCACACUAUGGAGACUGUGGAGGAGAGGAAUGAGCAGAAGCAGGCAGAGGAGCAGAGUUUAUUUCCCACUGCGGUGUCAGAGGAGGAGCUGGAUGAGGCUCGGAGGAAAAGCUCCUUCAGGCAGCUUUUUGGCUCCAGUAAAAUCUUUCUGGCACCGGCAGAGAAACGGCUUCAGAGACCAGAUCUGCAGGGGAGCCUGAUCCUCCGGAGCAAGGCCGCAGAGCAUUACACAAAAGGAAAAGAGGCGAUGGGAAAGUCCCAGUAUGAGAAGGCUGUGAUCUGCUUCUCUAAAGCCAUCACACUGCAGCCACAACAGACGGAGCUGUGUGUGAGCCAGGCGGAGGCCUACCUGCAGCUGUGUGACUUCCAGUCAGCAGCAGCCUGUUAUAAACGGCUCUGGCACCUGGAGCCCAGAGCUUUCAGCGCCCGCUUGGCCUUCAUCUACUACCUCCAGGGUCAGUGUCUGUUCGACCGAGGCCUUCUCUCAGAGGCUCUGGAGGCCUUCGGCAGAGCUGCCGAGGUGAAGCCCGGCUGCAGGGCCUUAGAGGUCAGAAGGCUGGCCUGUCUGACAGCUGCUGGUCGCCACGCCGACUGUCUGAAGCUGGUGAACGGCUGGAUGCUGUCGGACGCUCCGACCUCUGACCUUUACGUCCUCAGAGCCCGACUGCACAAACUACUCCACAAGACAUCACGUUGUUUUCAGGAUGUGAAGUCGGCGUUGGCGUUGACGCCAGCGUGUCCGGCGGCCGGAGCCCUGCUGCUGCAGCUGCAGGAGGCCGGUGAACGGGCCAGACUGAAGGCCGUGGACAGAGCUGUGACCGGCCAGCUGCCUGAAGCCGUCUGCAUGAUCAACGUCGCUCUGGAGAACCAGCCGCAGGACGCACGCCUCUACCUGUUCAGAGGGAUUCUGUACCGACGUCUGAAAGACUUCACAGCCGCCAUCGAGGACCUGGUCCAGGCUGUGGAGCUGAACGAGGAGGAGGAGGAGGAGGUCAGAGGUCAGGCUGAGCGUGGCUCUGUGGAAGAGGAGGUGCACUUUCAGCUGGUCCUCGCCUACAAUGACUUUGCCGUUCAGUGCUUCAGCAGAGGCCUCUACGCUGAGGCCACGCUGCUGCUCAACAAGGCCAUCGGGGAGGAGAAGGGCCAGGCGGGUCUCUACCUGAACCGAGGCGAUUGUUUCUUUAAGCAGUGUGAGUGGUGUUUUGCUCUGGCUGACUACCAGCAGGCGGAGGAGAUGAUGCGUCCCGAUGACCCGGCCGUCCGGCUCCGCCUCGCCGUCCUCCACAACACGCUGGGCUCGUUCUGCUUCCACGACGGGUGUUUCCAGGAGGCGGCUGACAUGUUUUCUCUGGCCAUCCAGUACAACCCCGCAGCCAGCCGGUACUAUGAGAACAGAUCCAAGACCUUCAGGAAGCUCCUGAACACGGAGGGAGCCAGACGGGACCUCAUCUGCAUGCUGAUCCUGGAUCCCACCAACGAGGAGCUGCCUCCGAUGCUCAUGAGUCUGUUCCCGGGCUGCAGCGGGUCCGAGGUUUUGUCCAGUCCAGCAGGACAGGAAGUCAGAGUGCAGCUGAUGGACUCGAUCCAGACCUGCAGCUCCUCCUCCGAUCAACAGAGACUGAGUGAAAAGCUCCUGAAGACGACUCUGACCAAUGACAACACAGCGAGCUCAUCAGAAGAUCCGUCUGACGCAGGACAAGAGCUGAAACUGUGUGUGAACCGACAGGAGAUGGAGAUAACGGUGAGGAGCUGUCUGCAGGUUAAGGAAGUGGUUCCAUCAUUUCUGCACCACCGUCCAACUGGGCCCCAGUGACCUCACCACCACCCAUCACCACCACCCACCACCCAUCACCACCCACCACCCAUCACCACCCAUCAGACUUUAAAUGAUCCCAGCGGGCUUUUGAUGUGCUUAAACUAUUACUGUACACAUUGUGAAUCACUUUUAUCCUCAAAACCACAACUAUGGUCCUUUCACUCAAACUUAUGUUGAGAGAAAUUAUCCAGCACAAGAAAUACACACUCUUUAAUGUGAACAAACUAGAAUAAAAUCAAGACAAACAGUUCAUAUUACAGCUCCAUAAUCUUGAA